AUGGUAGACAAGGACCAGAAUGUCGCCUGGGUGAUCUCCAGUGCGUCAAAGCUCACACAAUUAGCUCUUCCGACGCCGACACCCGGGCCGGACCAGGCGCUCAUUCGCAUCACGGCAGUUUCACUCAAUUUCCGCGACAGCCUCAUCUUGCAGCACAGCCCAGCAUACCCUAGGCGGGCAGCGGUAAACCUCAUUCCAUGCAGUGAUGGAGCCGGCACCCUGGUCGCCGCUGGCGCCUCGUCCAAGUGGCGCGAUCGCAUCGGGGCAUCGGUGGUUGUGAACGUCAACACUUGGAUCGACGGCGAUGUCGGCGAUGGCUUUGAUCUCGAUGCCACCUUGGGUGGUGCAGAGACAAACGGCACGUUGGUCCGAUACAUGGUGAUGGAUGAUGAGAGAAUCCUCGAAGCGCCGAAGGGCUUGACUGAUGCAGAGGCGGCAACCAUGUGUUGUGCGGGCCUCACGGCGUUCAACGCCCUCUUCGAAGGACCAGGCGGCGUUGGAAAGCCAGCCAAAGGGGUCACGGUUUUGACUCAGGGGACGGGCGGAGUGAGUUGCUUCGCCAUCCAACUUGCGUCGGCUGCAGGUGCUACGGUGAUCGCAACGUCGUCAACGGAUGAGAAGCUGGAGGUUGCCAAGAAGCUGGGUGCAACGCAUGUCAUCAACUACCGAAAGACGCCAAAGUGGGCAGACGAGGUACUGCGCAUCACGGGCGGGCGUGGGGUGGACCACGUUGUCGAUGUUGGCGGUGCCGGGACAAUCGAGGAGUCGCUGCGCAGUGCACGAACGGGCGGGCUGGUGUCGGUGCUGGGCAUUUUGACGGAGCCCAAACAGCAGGCUGAUCUCAUUCCUGCGAUCCUCUUCGGGGCAAAGACGAUCAGGGGAGUUCUGGGGGCCGGGAGCAAGGUGAUGAACGAGCGGUUCGUGAGAUUCGUAGAGGAGCAUCAGGUCCGGCCGGCGGUGGCUGUGCAAUUUGAGUUCGAACAGGCAGCGGAGGCAUUUGCCAGAUUGGAGAAGCAAAGCGAGAUUGGGAAGAUAGUCAUCCGGGUGGACUACUGCGAGAAGCGACAGGAGCGCAGCGGACGGCAAGCUCAGAUCGGCGCGAGGCGCCACCGAAACCAGCGGAAACCGCGACCUGGCUGCAGGAAAGCCGGGAGCUGGGAGCUGGGAGCUGGGAUGACCUCGGCUGCAGUGCAACGCUCCUUCUUGCAGCGCUAUGCCCCUCACUGCCUACUGCCCGUGACUGCCCACCAUCCCUCCGUUCUCUCCGUUCUCUCCGUUCGCUAG